CCGUUUCUGUUCCGCCCCCUGUCUCUUCUUCCCCUCUCCUCCCUCCUCCCCCUCCUCCUCCGUCUCCCCCCGCCUUCACCGCCGUCACUCCAACCUGCAGACCACCUUAACCCCCGCAUCUCGGGACUCCAGUGUUCGAUUCUCCUAAUUGCUGCUUUCUUCCCGAUUUUCCCGAGGAUUUGAGGUGUGGAGAAAUGGCUAGUUCCAAUACCAGCAAUGUUUACAUCCAUGUUAUUGAGGACGUCAUAAAUAAGGUCCGCGAUGAGUUCAUCAACAAUGGUGGUCCCGGAGAAAGCGUCCUCAACGAGCUCCAAGGAAUUUGGGAGAUGAAAAUGAUGCAAGCUGGGGCUAUAUUGGGUCCGAUUGAGAGGAACUCCGCUCCGAAAGCGGUACCCGGCGGUCCAAUCACCCCUGUGCAUGACCUUAAUGUACCCUACGAAGGCAGUGAGGAGUAUGAAACUCCCACUGCUGAUUUACUGUUUCCUCCGACUCCUUUACCCACCCCAGCCCCAACACCUAUGCCUGGAACAGCUCAGACACCGCUACCUGGAACCGCCCACACUCCCACUGUUGAUUUGCUUUUUCCUCCGACUCCUUUACCAACCCCGGCCCCUACACCAUUGCCAGGUGUUCAAACUCCAUUACCUGGAACUGCUCAGACACCGCCAGGAACAGCAGAUAGUUCUUUGUAUAACAUUCCUACUGGUGGCACUCCAAUAACCCCCAAUGAAUACUCUACUGUGAAUGAGAAUGAUAUCCCCGAUGUUAAACCUGCUCAAGGGAGGCCUAGCCCUUAUAUGCAACCACCCUCAACUUGGAUGAACCAAAGGCCUCCUCUUGAUGUUAAUGUUGCUUACGUUGAAGGACGUGAAGAUAGUGAACGAGUAGCAUCCCAACAACAACCCUUGACACAGGAUUUUUUCAUGGUUCCUCCUUCUGGAAAGCGAAAAAGGGAUUUUGCUUCACAGUAUCAGCCUGGUGGUUACAUACCACAGCAAGAUGGAGCUGGAGAUGCAUUAUAUUAUGAUCCAAAGAGUGUUCAAGGUAGUGCUAUUCAGCAUGGAUCUGUUGCUGCUGGGAAGGAGAUAGUGAUAGAAGGGCUAAGUAUUUCAAGAAUCCCUCAGCUGGAUGGUCCAAUUCCUGAUCCUUAUGAUGAAAUGCUCUCAACACCCAAUAUCUAUAAUUAUCAAGGAGCUGUCAAUGAAGACUACAAUGUAGCAAAUACACCUGCACCAGACAUGCAAGCACCUACUCCUGCUCCAGUCCCACAAAAUGAUGCUGUAGAUGACGAUGAUGAAGAGCCCUUGAAUGAAAAUGAUGAUGAUGAUUUGGAUGAUGUAGACCAAGGAGAGGAUCUAAACACAGCUCAUCUAGUUUUGGCUCAGUUUGACAAGGUUACCCGUACUAAGAGCAGGUGGAAAUGCACUCUAAAGGACGGUAUAAUGCAUAUAAAUAACAAAGAUAUACUCUUUAAUAAGGCAACAGGAGAGUUUGACUUCUGAUUGUGUCGAAAGAAAUCCUUGUUGCCAAAAGAGCACUGAGUUUGAAGUGAAGUGAAAAGCAAGAAUGCUUAGGUAUUCUUAUAAUUGCUCUUUCUUAUUAAGUAGACCGACGAGCCUGAAGGAAAUUGCCUAAUAUGUGUGGGACUCUGAUUAGUUGCUGUACAUAAAGGGGAGAGCUUUUUGGCCAUAAAUUGAGACUCAUUUCCAGACUAUAUUCCGUAGACUCUGUAUGUGGAUUAUUUUUUGUUGAUGUAAACCAAAUUAUGUCGCAUUCUACAAGUCUCCUCUACAUCUACUGCAACUUCUUUUCCUUGUCGUGUCGAAAA